AUGGGACAAAAACUCGUCACAUGCUGUCGACCACCACCACCAUCACCAGUAGAUUCUCAAAAAGAACGGAAAUCGCAGCACGCGUUGUUGCCGUCGCCGUCUCUAGAGCAACCGAAGCGGCGUUCAAUUUCCGACACUUCCAUGUCUUCUUCGCUACUAUGUGAAAUGCCAGCUGAAUUACUUCUUUACAAUAUACUUCCGUACCUGACAUAUGUUGACUUAUGUCAUCUUUCGCAAGUCAAUACAUUUUUGCACAAUCUCCUUGAAGCAACAGCAGACGAGGAUUCAGCAGGUCAUCUAUGGACAAAGUGUGUCAAGGAUGAAAUGCUUGAAAAUUUUAUCGAAAGAGACAUUAACAUGACGUAUGUCGCAUUUGAUAAAGAAGCGGUGAAGGCCAGUGUUCGUGUCUGUGCAAAUAGGUGGCUCACGAGAACUAGAUUAUCACAGCAUCAGCAGUUAAUGGAUGAGAAGAAGGUGAUAUUAACAGUACGACCAAGGUUCUAUCCGCGCUCUACCGGAGGAGAUACAGAAUAUCAUGCUGAACAAUAUCAUACCUUGUCAACUGGUGCUACCGCCGAUACUGCUCCGAAGGAGCGAGAGUUUCAAAAUGAAAAAUCAAAAUUUCAGUAUCUAUUUAUGAAACGAAAAGAACAGGUAAACCCGUGGACACAGGCUAAGAGUGUGAGGUGUGGCGGUUGUACGGGCAUGUCAAGAACCGAUUAUAAUUGGCAGUUGUACAGUCGAUAUAUUACAAUUUAUCCAACAACAAAUCCGAUUAAACGAGAGCAUGAAAAGGAUAAGCUGUGUAUUUACUAUGAACACGGUCAGUUAAACCCUGUCGCUAAGAUGGAUAAUCACAGUCGAUAUCUGGUCACGGAAUUAGAAAGACCUGAGCAUGAUCCGUACUGCCUGCGUCUGUAUGUAGGUCUAAUCAAGUGUCUAAAGUGUGAAAAGAAAGUUCUCCUUCCGCCACCACCACCACCAGCUAACGAGCAGCAGCCGAAGCCGUACAAUUGGUACGUUAGCUACACAUUGAGGGGUGCGCGACACACGGACGACAGACACGGUCAUCGAAUGGAAUAUAUUGAAAUUUAUUGUCCUAUAUGUCAACGUUAUUCUCUCUGGAAGUGUGAUGCACAACCACAAAAAUGGUUUCCAGCACUGGGAGGAACUUCUAAGAAGAGACCUAAGAGCUAA